AUGAAUGGAGGAAAACAAGUAAUCGGUGAAGAAACAAGAGAACAUGGAAAACAAGAAAUCAGUAAAGAAACAAAAUAUCCUAAUUCACAAGAUGAAAAAAUAAAUGAAAAUGAUAUAACUAAAGAAACAAUUAAUAACGAUCAAAAUAAGAAAGGCAUAUUAAUUAAUGAACAUCAAAAAAUUAGUGAUAAUGUGAGUGGAGUAAAUAAUGAAAUCGAUAAAAUAAUAAGAGAACAUGGAAAACAAGAUAAAAAAAUGAAAAAUGAUGAUGAUAUAGAAGAAACGUUUCAUUCUGAUCAAAAAAAGAAUGAUAAAUUAACUAAUGAACAUCAAAGUGGUGAUAAUAUGAAUGGAGGAAAACAUGAAAUCAGUAAAACAACAAAAGAUCCUAAUUCACAAGUUGUAAAAAUAAAUGAAAAUGAUACUACAAAAGAUACAAUUAAUAACGAUCAAAAUAAGAAAGGCACAUUAAUUAAUGAACAUCAAAAAACUAGUGAUAAUGUGAGUGGAGUAAAUAAUGAAAUCGAUAAAAUAAUAAGAGAACAUGGAAAACAAGAUAAAGAAAUGAACAAUGGUGACAAUAAAGAAGAAGAAAUAUUUCAUUUUGAUCAAAACAAGAAUGAUAAAUUAACUAAUGAACAUCAAACUUAUGAUAAUAUCGAUAGAGAAAAACAAGAAAUUAGUAAAACUAUAAAAGAUCCUAAUUCACCAGAUGAAAAAAUAAAUGAAAAUGAUAUAACAAAAAAAACAAUUAAUAACGAUCAAAAUAAUAAUGAUUCAUUAAAGGUACUAAAAAGUGAUAAAAACAAAAAAAAAAUAAAAAUAUAUGCAUAUUUCAUAAAAGUUAGAAUACAAUUUAUAUAA